AUGGCCACCAUCGGCACAGCUACGUCUCAAAAUUCGAAAUGUCACCUGCUUGAACUCCCUGCCGAGCUCCGCAACCGCAUCUACCGCUAUUCUCUUCUCGAGGACAGACAAAGCGGCAUCGAUAUCUACCCUCAGACAUUUGCACAACCACCUUUGAUACGCACCUGCAACCAGAUUCGCGCCGAAGCAAGCUCCAUCUACUACAGCGAGAACACCUUCUACGUCGAUGCUCCAGACUUUGAUCAUCGCCUGCUUGCCGCUUUCUACACGCAAAUUCAAUAUGUGCUCAAGCACGGAGUAUACAUUGGAGCUCGAAUACAUGUAGAUAAUCGGGACGCAACAUCGUGGUCGAAUCUCGUCGCAUACAUCAAGACGUACUUUGACGGCAAGCCCCUACCAGCAAUCGACUGUGGACCACAAUGCGCAACCAAUUCCUGCGGUGCUGCCCAUCACAUCUUCAAGGUUGCUAAGCUCAAAGUUGUGGAAGGAAGUUGUUCCUGGGAGGAAUUAAAGUCGACGAUGGAGAUCAUGAAGGAUAUGGCGGAAGAGCAGGCGGACGGGAGAUGGAAGUGGACUUGA